AUGGACAGAGUGGUAACAGAUGAUACAGAUGUAGAUCUUGUGANCAUUAUUCCAGCAUCUACAGGUGCUGCAAAAGCAGUAGGAAAAGUUAUUCCAGAAUUGAAUGGAAAAUUGACCGGCAUGGCUUUCCGUGUUCCCACUCCCGAUGUUUCUGUAGUGGAUCUCACCUGCAGACUAUCCAAAGAUGCAACUUAUGAUGAAAUCAAAGCAGCAGUAAAAGCCGCCGCCGCAAGCGAUAACUGGAAGGGAAUCUUGGGUUACACAGAAGACCAAGUUGUGUCCAGCGACUUCAUCGGAGACACCCACAGCAGCAUUUUUGAUGCAAGCGCUGGCAUUUCAUUGACCAAAAAUUUCGUGAAAUUGAUUUCCUGGUAUGACAACGAAUAUGGUUACAGCAACCGUGUAGUCGACUUAGCCAAGUACAUGUUCAAACAAGGCUAAACUUCUAUGCCUUUUUAGUGCUAAACUUGGUGCACGAACUGUGCGUAAUUAGCUUUAAAGAUUAAUCUGGAUAGUUUGUUUAUUCUGCCUAAAGUCUGUGAUGUUAUGUCAUGUUCCUAAUUCCUAAUAUCUUUCCUGUGAUUUUUAUUUAAACAAAAAAGAAAUCUCACCAGAACAGUAUCAACUUUUGGCUUUAGUCUAGACUGACUUCACAUUUGUAAUUCAAAUCUGUACAGUUGUUCCUAUUCACAAGUGAUUAUUAAAACCACGUUAAUUUCGAAAAUAAAAUGUUAUUACAAAGUU